GAGGGUUUUUCUUGGGUGUUUUUUUUUCCUCAAACAAAGGCGUUUGGGAGUGGUAACUUCUUACGUGUUAGGUAGGAAACAGAAAAAUUCAUAUAGCGCCAAGGAAUACCGUAAAAGUUAAAUAUUAGAAAAAUGGUGUCGGGAAGAGCGUUACAUUUUGUUUUUAAAAUAGCCGAUAGAGCCCUUACAGCCCGAUUUUAUCGUGAGAUUUUAGGCAUGAAGGUUUUGAGGCAUGAAGAAUUUGCCGACGGAUGUGAAGCCGCAUGCAAUGGUCCAUAUGAUACCAGAUGGAGCAAAACAAUGAUUGGUUAUGGUUCAGAAGAUACACACUUUGUGGUCGAAUUAACUUAUAAUUAUGGAAUCAGUUCAUAUGAGAAGGGAAAUGACUUCAUUGGUAUGACUAUUAAGUCUAAGGAAAUUAUUAAGAGAGCUCAGGAGGCUGAUUGGCCAAUCAAGAAAGAGGGAAACCUUUCAGUUUUGGAAGCUCCAGGAGGAUACAAAUAUUUCAUUGAAGAAGAACCACAGCCAGUGUCUGAAGAUCCUGUGCAGAAAGUAAUUCUAGCUAGUUCUAAUCUUCAAAAAUCUAUUGAUUAUUGGAAUGGCAUUCUUGGCCUCAAAAUAUAUAAUCAAGAUGAAAGGUCAGCCACUUUUGGAUUUGGUGAUAAUCAGGCAAAAGUAGAAUUAAGAGACAUUGGAGGGCCUGUUGAGCGAGCAAAAGCAUUUGGUCGAGUUGCCUUCUCUUGUCCGUACGCAGAGCAGGAAGAAAUUAACAAGAAGAUAGAAGCUUCUAACAACAAAAUUUUGUUUCCUUUGGUUACCCUUGACACACCUGGAAAAGCAAGUGUGAGAGUCAUUAUUUUGUCAGAUCCGGAUGGUCAUGAAAUAUGCUUUGUUGAAGAUGAAGGCUACAGAAAAUUAUCCGUGGCAGAUGAAAAUGGAGACGAAUUGUUGGAUAAAGCAAUGCGGCUUGAACUGAAGAAAAAGCAAGCAUAAAUUAAAAAGUUUACAUCUAAGAAUACUCAAAUAGAAGUUGUUUGAUGCAACAACUACACUCAGAUUUACAUGAAAAUGCCUAUGUUUUUUACUCUCCUUGAAGGCAGUAUUAUAAACAAAAUAUAGUUAUAAAAGUUUAUUUUUUUUAACCAAUAGGCAGUAUUUCAGUUCUUUUUCACAAAACAAUACAAAAAAGGUUUUGGGAUCAUAAUUUUAUAGGAUGUAGGUUUUUUAAUAUAGGCGAGUUAAAUGUGGUUUGUUCUCAUAUUGUAUUUUCUUUAAAGAUCUUUAAUGUUCGUUUUCUUAAUUAUAGUUAACAAUUUGUAUUAACAUUUCACAGCUGUGCUUGAGAAUUUAUUUGAUUUAAUUGUUGAGAAUAUGAUCAGAGGUUUAGUGAAUUUGUAUGUCAAAGCAGUAAAAAUAUACUGUAUACA